GGAAUCCGCAGUCGUUAUCCGGGCAUGAGAGGAAUUCAAAAUCAUACUGUGAAAAUUAAAGUCACCGCCAGAAAAGGCGGCUGAUCCUUCGCUCCUCGGAAUCCACGAAUGCUUCUUGCCUGCCUGCCUGCCUGCCUCCAUAUAUAGUAUAUAUAUAUAUUACUAACUGAUCACUGCUCCCUUCAUCUUCGUCUUCCUCUUUGCCUCUCUGGUUUUAACUCCUGUCGAGGGUUUUGAGCAAUUUGUUGCAGAUCGAAUAAAUUAAGUCCUCUAUUAAUCAGAUUGGUCAUUACAAGUUUCUCUUUUCUAGAACAUAUAACUAUCUCCUUACAUUGUAAGAAUAUGGAAGAAGAAGAAGGAAGAUUAAAUAUUGAAGAAUACUGUGAUGAUGACGAUGAGCUGCUGCUGCCAGGGUUCAGAUUCCAUCCGACAGAUGAAGAACUUGUAGGGUUUUACCUAAGGAGGAAGAUCCAACACAAAGCUCUUUCAAUUCAGCUCAUAAGACAGCUCGACAUCUACAAAUACGAUCCUUGGGACCUUCCAAAAAUGGCUGUAAGUGGAGAAAAAGAGUGGUACUUCUACUGUCCGAGGGACAGGAAAUAUCGAAACAGCCCGCGGCCGAAUCGCGUGACCGGAGCCGGGUUUUGGAAAGCCACCGGAACUGACAGGCCAAUCUACUCUUCUCAGGGCUCAAAAAUGUGCAUUGGGUUGAAGAAGUCUCUUGUCUUUUACAAAGGUAGAGCUGCAAAGGGAAUCAAGACAGAUUGGAUGAUGCAUGAAUUCAGACUUCCUUCUACUUCCUCACACAAAGAUUACAUCAAUCCUCCAAAUGAAGCAUGGGCAAUUUGCAGGAUAUUCAAGAAAGCAAACUCUCGAGCACAAAGGGGAUUUGUGGUUACACCAAUUCUUGAUGCUUCAAACAUCAAAAACCCUAACCUUAAUAAUGGCAAUGAUGUUGAGAUAAUUUAUAAUAAUCAUUCAGACAUGCAUCACUCAAUCUUUGGUAGCUUCUCUCCGAAAUCGACUAGCUCGAAUUCGGACAAUAAUAAAAAACCCCGACCCGAAAAGCGCGUCGUAAAUGAUGCUUCCUCAUUGCUACUGGACAUGUCUAACUCUGUGUUGGGAAACCCUGGAAAUGGAUCAGACAGUAGUGUUGAGUUUGGCAUGCCUCUUGAUCGAUACGAUUACGUGUUUUCGAUGGCGUCGGAAGACAACAUGGAAUUAGUGAACAAUCAUGGACAGGGAACAGAAGAGGCAACCUUAGUAAAGGGACAGGAAAUUGAUCACAUAGAGGAUCUUGCAGUUUGGUCUCUUUUAUAUGGCUCAUUAUGGUUUGGGUGA